GAAAGCGGGAACUCGGAGGUGAUCCUGAUGAUCCUGGAUCUGGCCAACCUGAACUCCGUGCGAGCUUUUGCACAGACCUUCUUAGCAUCGGAGCCCCGUCUGGACAUCCUCAUCAACAACGCAGGCGUCUUUACGACCGGCCAAACCGCCGAUGGCUUUGACCAGGCCUUCCAGGUCAACCAUUUGGGCCACUUCCUGCUGACCCACCUGCUCCUGGACCGGCUGAAGCGCUGCGCCCCGAGCCGGAUCGUAAUCCUGUCCUCGAAUUUGCAUAUCUUUGGGAAGAUCGACUUUCAGACCAUCCACAAGCCGGGACAGGGGUUAUGGGAGAUGCUAACAUCCUACAACAGCAGCAAACUAGCCAACAUUCUCCACGCCAGAGAGUUGGCCAAGCGGCUGGAAGGAACCAACGUCACCUGCUACGCGGUUCAUCCAGGAGCUGUUAAAACGGAAAUCGGUCACCUCCUUCCGUGGUGGGUAGAUUGGGUGCCUUGGGUCAUUAAGCUGUUCAGCCGAGAUUGCGACGCAGGUGCCCAGACCUCCAUCUACUGCGCCACCGAGGAGGGCAUCGAGAGGCUGAGCGGGGGGUAUUUCGUGGACUGCCAGCCGAAGGUGCCCAGUCCCCUGGCCCGCGAUGACCAGCUGGCCAAGAAGCUCUGGGAAUUCAGCGAGAGGCUGCUGGGACUGACCACUUAAGGCGGGAAGGGUCAGAGGUGGAGCUUGGGGUAACAGAAAGCCUGCCUCCGAUUAACCUGGGAGAUCAAAUGUCAGGGAAUCUAGAAACUACUCAGGGGUUGCGGUGUGACCGUGACGAGCGUUGAAUUUCCAAGAAGUUUAAAAACUGGGAAGCAUUGUGGGGUUUGUGGUGCUGAGUUGCCCAGCGUUGGGCCUAAGAAUCUUUUAAAUAAAGAAACAAACUCCA